AAUAUUAAAAUACCUUAUUUCGAUUGUAGUACAAAAUAGUUAUUAUUAGAUAAAUAAAAUACAGAGAUACCGGAUUUGUUCGAUAACGACAAAAAAAACUUUCGAUUUCUAGUUUUAAAAAUGUGACUAAUGUUGAAAAUUUUUAUUAGAAACAUUGGAAAUUCUCAGUAUAUCGAUAGAAAAUAGCUUUUAUUUGAAAAUUUUCGUGAAACGGAUUGAAAAUAAACAUUAAAAAUUAUUUGUUUUUCUUUGAUGUUUGUGGACGUGCGUGUUAACAAUAAUCCGAUAAAGAAUUUUCCGUGUUUUAAUGCAAUAUUGUGAAAAUUAUGGAUAAACGGAAAAUUCUUAACUACCAAGAUGGUGAUUUCCUCAUUUGUGAACUGUUUCAGUGCAUCUUCGAGUUGCAAAGAAAAAAUUGGGAGUACUCCCACCCCAAUAAGAGUUCAAGAACAACAUAAAAUAAUGAGAAGAAAUAGUGUUACCGAAGGGAUUACUAACAUUCAAGUUCGUUCAAAUUGUAGUAAUUCUGCUGGAAAAGAAUCGAGAUUGAUGUCGUCACUCCGUAAUGUUAGAGAGAAUUUAUUAAAAUCGCCUUAUUAUAAUUCAAAGACUGGAAUACUAGUCGAUAACAAUACUAAAAUAGAAUCAAAAGUUGAGAAAAUAGUCACCAUUAGAAAAUCCCUUAACUCGUCGGGAAAACCGAAGAAGUCCGAAAAAGAGAACAUUGGUUAAGGAAUUAAUUUUGCAAAAUAAUAACAUUGUGAUACUGCAGGCAGAAUUUUAAUAUGGUUGUGUAGUUUUCGAUUUUAAUUUUGUUUAGAUAGUUUUAUUUUUUUAUUAAUUGACAUAUUUUUAAUGUUUUUUGAUAUGCAAUGAAUAAAAUUUUUUGAAAAUAAA